AUGCCUUACCAAGAUGCUGCGACUCAGGGAGAUAUUGCACUACAACCCAUUGCCACCCGAUCUGCACCAGCCCACAGAAGCCAAAAGACCAGUCUCCAUCAUACAGAAACUAGGAACAACCACAUGGGGCUCGAUGGUGCUCAAAGUUCUUCAGAGGAUGACCGCCAAACAGACCAUCCAAUGCAAAUGGCACUCAUUCCCAAAGGUCCACGACAAUCAAGAAACCCGAAAGGAUAUCCAUAUGCUACUCCUCUUCGAAAUCUGAAGGACGAUGCAGCACCUAUUGAUUGCACCUUCUGUGGGGCCAGGGAGGCUACGAGGUACGAGGUUUCUUCUUUCAGGAUCAUAAGUAGCGGCUAUGGACCUGGUGUUGGCAUUUGAGAUGUUUGCUUUGAACAAGUGUAUGAUUACAACGCAUUAGCCAGCGGUCAAAAUACAUACUAAUUCUUCACAUAUAGUCCCAGAUUGAUCGAAACCAAUACAAGGCAUCUCGCUGCAGGCUUCUUUUGUUUCCUCCCUUUAUGUUUGUUUUGUAUUCCAUAUUUCUCGUCCUGGUUCAAAGAUAUGGAACAUCGUUGUGGAAGCUGUGGGGCAGUUGUUGCCAUUUACCAUCGUACUGGAAGAACAGAGGUUAUGCAUUCGAUCGAUGACCAAGUCCAGGAACAGGAACUUGAGGAGGAACUUGCCCAAUUGGAACAAGAGGGGCAAUCGUUUCUAUAAAUGGAAGUGCCAUGUCCUGAUCCGUGGCGUCUAGAUGACAGCGGCCGACAACUGGUAUGGUC